AUGGCACCUAGGCCUCCUCCUCCUCUUAUUCCUAACCCGGAUAGUUCUCACUUGCUGGGGGAGAAUCGAUCUGUAGCUGAAUCUUCCCAAGCUCCACCACCACGAGUACAAGAGUGGAGUUUGGAGGAUUUUCUUCAGCAUCACCCGUCUCGCUUCGAUGGCAAGACCACUCCAGAUGAGGCAGACCAGUGGAUGAGGGAUAUGGAACGGAUUUAUGAUGCCAAGCGGUGCCCAGCAGAAAAUAGGUUGGCUUAUUCUGAGUAUCUGCUAGCCAGAGAGGCUGUCCGUUGGUGGUCUAGCAUGAAGAUGAUGCUAGAAGACAGCAGGGAGACUGUCACCUGGGAGUUGUUCAAGAAGAAGUUUUAUGCUGAGUACUUCCCAGACAAUGUGAGAAACGCCAAGGAAGUGAAGUUCUUACAGCUGAUGCAGGGAGAGAUGUCAGUGUCAAAGUACGCUGAAAAGUUCAAGCACCUAGGCAGAUUUCACACUUUGAAGAUGGCUGAAGAUUGGCAAUGUAGGAAAUUUGAAAAUGGACUGAGAGGCGAUCUUAAACUCAUGGUGGCUCCGCUCUCUAUAAAGGAGUUCCCUGCUUUAGUGGAGAAAGCGAGGGUAAUAGAGAAACUAAAGGCGGAAGUUGAAGCUCAACAACGGUCUCAGCAGAAGGUGGGAGGACCAUCUGGGUCCACAAGCAGACAUGACGACAGGAGGAAGCCUUACUCUAGACCUCCGCCUCAAGGGUCCAGGAGAUUCCCACCUCAGCCACAUCCGCCCCAGUCAUAUCAGCAUCAGUCUCCUCAGCAUCACUCUCACAGACCAUAG